CCCCGGGCGCGGACACAGCGGGCGGCGGCCCCGGCAUGGCGGCCUGGCCCCGGCGGCGGCUCCGGCCCCGGCUCUGCCUGCUGCUGUGUUUCCUGUCGCAGGCCUGCGGCGAGUAUGGCAUGGUGCACGUGCUCUCGGAGGGCAGCAGCCAGGGCAAGGACUACUGCAUCCUCUUCAACUCCCAGUGGGCUCACCUGCCACACGACCUGGGCAAAGCUUCUCUCUUGCAGCUGCAGGAUCAGACAGCCUCUGUUCUGUGCUCCCCCUCCGAUGUCCCUGAUGGGGGCUUCAGCAACCAGAUCCCCAUGGUGAUGAGAGGCAACUGCACCUUCUACGAGAAAGUGAGGCUGGCCCAGAUCAACGGAGCCCGCGGGCUGCUGAUCGUCAGCAGAGAGAGGCUGGUCCCUCCUGGGGGUAACAGGAGUCAGUAUGAAGAGAUUGACAUUCCUGUGGCUCUGCUCAGCUACGCUGACAUGCUGGACAUUGGCAAGAGCUUUGGCAGCUCGGUGAAAGGGGCUCUGUAUGCCCCCAACGAGCCCGUGCUGGACUACAACAUGGUGAUCAUCUUUGUCAUGGCCGUGGGCACCGUUGCCAUCGGAGGCUACUGGGCAGGAAGCAGAGAUGUGAAAAAGCGCUACAUGAAGCACAAGCGCGACGAUGGGGCCGAGAAGCAGGACGAUGAGACCGUGGAUGUGACCCCCAUCAUGAUCUGUGUCUUCGUGGUGAUGUGCUGCUCCAUGCUGGUCCUCCUCUAUUUCUUCUAUGACCACUUAGUGUAUGUUAUCAUCGGGAUAUUCUGCCUGGCUGCCUCCAUUGGGCUCUACAGUUGUCUGUCUCCCUUCGUGAGAAGAUUCCCCUUGGGGAAGUGCAGGGUCCCAGACAACAACCUGCCUUACUUCCACAAGCGCCCGCAGGUCCGCAUGCUGCUGCUGGCAGCCUUCUGUGUCGCCGUCAGCGCCGUCUGGGGAGUCUUCAGGAACGAGGACCAGUGGGCCUGGGUGCUGCAGGACGCUCUGGGGAUCGCUUUCUGUCUCUACAUGCUGAAAACCAUUCGCCUGCCUACCUUCAAGGGCUGCACCUUGCUCCUCCUGGUCCUCUUCGUCUAUGAUGUGUUCUUUGUUUUCAUCACACCUUUUCUAACCAAGACUGGGGAGAGCAUAAUGGUGGAGGUGGCUGCAGGCCCAUCUGAUUCUGCCACUCACGAGAAGCUCCCGAUGGUGCUGAAGGUGCCGCGGCUGAACUCCUCGCCCCUGGCUCUCUGUGACAGGCCCUUCUCUCUCCUGGGAUUUGGAGACAUUUUAGUUCCAGGCUUGUUGGUAGCCUACUGCCACAGGUUUGACAUUCAGGUGCAGUCAUCCAGAGUCUAUUUUGUAGCCUGCACAAUAGGCUACGGCGUCGGCCUGCUCGUGACCUUUGUUGCCUUGGCACUGAUGCAGAUGGGGCAGCCUGCCCUGCUCUACCUGGUGCCCUGCACCCUCCUCACCAGCUUCGCUGUGGCAGUCUGGAGGAAGGAGCUGGGCAUGUUCUGGACGGGCAGCGGCUUUGCGAAGGACCUACCUCAGCCUCCCCUGGUGAUAGCUCCUGUCAGCUGCCCUGAGCUUCCCAAAGACAGCAGCACAGCAGCCCCCCAGCAGGACUCAGAGCAAAUGACCAACCCCACCCUCCACCUGAAGGAGCUGCACAGCCCCAGCUCAGCUGCAGAGGAGCUGGCUGGUGGCAGCACAAAGCGGGACCAGCCUGAACCCUGCGAAGCACAGAGUGGGCAACCAGCUGGGCAGGACCAGGACAGCCUGGGAAGCCAAGGGCUGACUGCAGAGGAAAAGCAGCUGGAAUGAACUGUGCUGAGAACUCCUCUCCCCUCCCACCCAUGUCCCUGUCCCAGCAGUGUGUGGUUAGGACUGGUUUAGUUGUGUUUGCAGUCAGGAGUCCUGCAGGAGCCACCCUCGGAUCCAGCAAGGAAUGUUCUGCCUCCAGCUUCACUCCAGCUGCACACUUCAACCACCCUCUGAAAUAUGGUGCUCUACAGGGGCUGAUGGCUGCAUUGCAGUGGUGGCUUCAGGCCUGGAUGCCUCUGACUGCUCCAUUUCCAUCACACCAGGGGCUGGACUGCCACAGGCCUCUGCGUGGCUGUUUUGCUGCUUUAGCACAGCACAGGUCAGCCUGGAGGAGAAGCACUGAACACUGCUGCAGUGCUUGGCUGAGAGCAGCAGGACAAGAGGAGCUUUGGCACUCUCCUGUGCUCACCUCUUACUCUUCCCUACCUGUCAAAGCCAUGAUACAAGGGAAUGCUUUAGUACAGACUGAGCUGCAGGAGCUGCAGAGGGUGGCUGCCCUGCCAGCUCUGCAGGGCUUCAGCCACCUCUGGUGCAUUAAAUGCAUCUCUUAACUUU